ACUGUGUCUUUGCUGCUUGAUCCUGUGUCUUUGCUGCUUGAACCUGUCUUUGCUGCUUGAUCCUGGUGCAGUUGAUGCCAUUAAUGCAGUUGCUCCGCAUGUCCGUGUAUACGCACUUUCGAUGCACUUUCGAUGCACUUCUACUGCACUUUCGAUGCUCUUUCGAUGCUCUUUCGAUGCACUUUUAAUGCACUUCUAGUGCACUUUCGAUGCACUUCCAACGCACUUUCAAUGCACUUUCAAUGCACUUCCAAUGCACUCCUAUUGCACUUCCAAUGCACUUUCAAUGCACUUCCAAUGCACUCCUAUUGCACUUCCAAUGCACUUUCAAUGCACUUCCAAUGCACUCCUAUUGCACUUCCAAUGCACUUUCAAUGCACUUCCAAUGCACUCCUAUUGCACUUCCAAUGCACUUUCAAUGCACUUUCCAUUGAAUGCACAUCCAAUGCGCAUCUAAUGCACUUCCAAUGCAUCUUCUCCAUUCUCCCUUUUCCAGUAAACCUCCUCUUUCUCCAACGCUGCCGUGGGCCGAGAAUCCAGUACACCUCCUCUUUCUCCAAUGUGCCGUCGGCCGAGAAUGCAAUCCACACACAUCUCUCCAGACCCUCCCACCAGGCAAUUCCUCAAUUCUCAAGUCCUCGGAAAUCGUCUGAGCCCACAACCCCGCGUCCUGAAAUCUUCAUAUCCAGCCCACCCCGCGUCCUGAAGUCUUCAUAUCCAUCCCACCCCGCGUCCUGAAAUCUUCAUGUCCAUCCCACCCCGCGUCCUGAAGUCUUCAUGUCCAGCCCACCCCGCGUCCUGAAGUCUUCAUAUCCAUCCCACCGCGCGUCCUGAAGU